AUGAAUCCAUCUGCGGCAUUCCCAAAGGCCGCGGCUAUCCCCGCGCGUCUGUUGCGAACCCAGCGACAAUGCACCACUUCCAACAAUGGCAUUUCUACAUCCAACAAAACAAGAGGAUAUCAUGCGACUGUCUCCGCUUCCCCAGCUAGACGUCUCCGAGAGGGCGUCUGCAAGAGAAAGGAUCCAUUGGUGAUAUCAGCUAGGACCUUCCAUACUACCUCUCCUCUUUCGGCAAUCGCCGAUCCCUAUAAGGUCCUCGGCGUGGACAAAAAGGCAUCCGCCGGCGAAAUCAAGAAAGCUUAUUACGGAUUGGCCAAAAAGUACCACCCGGACACCAACAAAGAUGCUCAAGCGAAAGACAAGUUUGCGGAAGCUCAGACAGCCUACGAAUUGCUGUCCGAUGCCACCAAGCGAGAGAACUACGACAAGUAUGGUUCGGCUGCGUUCGAUCAGAAUGGCGGAUUCGACCCAAGCGCUGGCGGCAAUCCCUUCUCUGGUGCGGGUGGCUUCCACGGAUUUGGUGGUGGAUUUGGAGGAGGUGGCUUUGGCGGAGGCUUCUCGGGCGACAUCAACUUCGAAGAUCUCUUUGGCGCCUUUACCGGAGGUGCACGUCGCGGGCCCCGGGGUCGGCGCAACCCCUUCCAGGAACAGAUUUUGGUUGGUGAAGAUAUCGAGGUGCAAACCAACAUCUCGUUCAUGGAGGCCGCGAAGGGCACGACCCAGGAAAUAAUCGUCACACCAUUGACCAAGUGUGGAACCUGUAAAGGUGACGGUCUGAAACCUGGUGCCAAGCGGUCCCAAUGUCGUCAGUGCAAUGGUACCGGUACCCGUGUUCAUAUGAUGCAGGGAGGCUUCCAAGUCGCCGCCACUUGUGAGGCCUGUGGGGGUGCUGGUAUGUCUGUUCCCCGUGGAUCAGAGUGCAGCCCCUGCAAUGGAAACGGUGUGACUAGGGAACGCAAGACUAUCAAGGUCGACAUUCCCGGUGGUGUUGAAGAUGGUAUGCGUCUGCGAGUGACCGGUGAAGGUGACAACCCGCCCACAGGAGCUGCUGUUCCACCCGGUGCCCGAACCCAGCCUGGUGAUCUCUAUGUCUCCAUCCGAGUCGCCCCCGACCACCGCUUCAGCCGCUCCGGGUCCGACAUUCUCUACACAUCCUCCAUUCCUCUCACCACUGCCAUUCUGGGUGGUGAGGUGACAAUUCCAACUCUCGACAGCGAGGUAAAGGUUAAAGUGGCCACGGGCACUGGCACCGGUGACAAGAUUACCCUGUCCGGAAUGGGUAUGAAGAAGCUUGGUGGUCGAACAGCACGCGGCUUCACUCCCAAUGGUGAUCUUAAGGUUGAAUUCAAGGUCGCCAUGCCGAAGUACUUGACUGGAAACCAGCGUACUAUUCUGGAAGUCCUUGCAGACGAGAUGAACGAUAAGACAGCCAAACGGACAAUGAACUUUGGCAAGGAUAGUCCGACGUCUGCCUCCGGGGGCGGCGAUGAAGCGAACAAAAAUGAAGGGUUCCUGAAAUCUGUCUGGCAUCGUCUUACAGAGAAGAACGGCGAUUCUUCCAAGUCAACCCAGGACAAUAAGGAUACUCCCAAGAAUUCUAAGGACUCCAAGGAUACUGCCAGCAAGGACAGUAAGGACAGCUCGAAGAAGUCCUAG